AUGGAUAGAUUAAAUCGCAUGUUGGCGUCGGCAGGGGGAAUGGGUGGCCUCAGCAGCGCCGCCCCCGGAUCUGACAAUACAAACCUCAUCGAUAACUCCGAGACCGUCUACAUCUCCUCGCUUGCGCUCCUGAAGAUGCUGCGACAUGGAAGAGCUGGAGUACCCAUGGAAGUCAUGGGUUUGAUGCUUGGAGAAUUCGUCGAUGAUUUCACAGUAAGAGUGGUGGAUGUGUUUGCUAUGCCACAAAGUGGUACUGGUGUCAGUGUAGAAGCGGUAGAUCCAGUAUUCCAAACAAACAUGAUGGAUAUGCUGCGACAAACAGGCCGACCCGAGACCGUUGUAGGCUGGUACCACUCUCAUCCUGGUUUUGGCUGCUGGCUGUCGUCUGUCGAUGUCAAUACCCAACAAUCCUUCGAACAAUUGAACCCUAGAGCUGUUGCGGUGGUGAUUGACCCCAUCCAAUCAGUCAAGGGCAAGGUCGUCAUCGAUGCUUUCCGACUCAUUAACCCACAAUCUCUCAUGCUCGGCCAAGAGCCCCGUCAAAGCACAUCCAACUUGGGACACCUCAACAAGCCGUCGAUCCAAGCCCUCAUCCACGGCUUAAACAGACAUUACUACAGCAUCGGCAUCAACUACCGCAAGACUGCUCUGGAGGAGAACAUGUUGAUGAACCUACAUAAGCAGGUCUGGACAGAGGGGCUACAGAUGGAGGAUUUCCGCGUAGAGGGCAGCCGAAACGUGGAUCGGUUAAAGCAGCUGGUCCAUCUCGCAGAUGGUUAUGAGAAACGGGUGAAAGAAGAGACAGAGUUAACAAAGGAACAACUGAAGACUCGAUACGUUGGAAAGGUGGAUCCAAAGAAGCACUUAGAAGAUGUUGGACAGCAGCUUAUUGAGGACAACAUUGUCUCAGUAUCGAGGCAGAUGAUCGACAAGGAGGCGUGUGUGCCAAAGGAGAAGCUGGACGCCAAUGGGCAUGCGAAUGGCGAUGAGAUGGAUGUGGAGGAGGAACUAUAA